CUAUCAAUGUGCGGGGCUGCGACCAACGUCAGCCGGACCGAUUUCCUGCUCUGCCAGUCCCGCCACGGAUUCUUUUGAGAUCCUUAGACAAGGAGCCCGUAGAGACUAGGGAUCAAGGCUACAGAUUAGAGUCAAUUGACUGCUGCGGAGACAGCCAGCCCUUCCAGGCCUGGCGACAGUGAAGAGAGGGAAAAGAUGAACUGAGCGCCGCUGCGGGAAGACACUGAGCAAGAGCGACUCCCCCUCCCGCCCCCCCCCCACCUUGCAGCGCAGGCUUUGAGAGCUGCUCCCGCAUCUGAAUGGAAACUCGGCACAGCCGGGCUGCGCAUUCCUUUUCGCUCAGCUGGGCGAUCCAUGCCGAGAGGAGGGUGGUGCGCGUCCGCGACAGCGCCCAGCUCCCGGGACGGGGCCCGCAAUGCUGCUGAGCAGAACUUGAUCGCGCCCCUUCAUCGUUGCUAGUGGAAGCGAUGCUGCACGGCGCAGCCAGCGCUCCCCUGGCUCUCCUUCAAGCUGAAGGUUACCCACCCGCGCAGCCAGCCCCAGCCCUGUGAGCCGCGCGUCUCGGUCCAGCUCCGGCUGCUUGGCCGCGGCGUGCAGGGCAAGAACCGGGCCGCCCGCGCAGGGGCGCACUGCACCAGCGGCUUCGGCUUGGUGGAUGUGUAUGCAUGAGUUCUGCACCGAAUGGGCGCAAAAAGCGCCCCAGCCGGUCCACCCGCUCCUCGAUCUUCCAGAUCAGCAAGCCUCCGCUGCAGAGUGGGGACUGGGAGCGCAGGGGCAGCGGCUCCGAAAGCGCCCACAAAACCCAAAGAACCCUGGACGACUGCAAGAUGCUUGUCCAAGAGUUCAACACACAAGUGGCCCUGUACCGAGAAUUGGUCAUUUCUAUUGGGGACGUUUCUGUCAGCUGCCCCUCGCUCCGGGCGGAAAUGCACAAGACAAGAACCAAAGGCUGUGAAAUGGCCCGUCAGGCACACCAAAAAUUGGCUGCCAUCUCAGGCCCAGAAGAUGGUGAGAUACAUCCAGAAAUCUGUCGGCUUUACAUACAGCUACAGUGCUGCUUAGAAAUGUACACAACAGAGAUGUUAAAAUCCAUUUGUCUUCUGGGGUCUCUUCAGUUUCAUCGAAAAGGAAAGGAAGCCAGUGGGGGAACAAAGAGUUUGGACUGCAAAACUGAGGAGAGUGCUGAAACUCCUGUCCUAGAGGACUCCUUGUCAUCCCCCAGUGACAGCCAGCAACACUCCUGGCAGGUUUCCACAGACAUCGAGAACACUGAAAGAGACAUGCGUGAAAUGAAAAACCUUUUAAGCAAACUCAGGGAAACUAUGCCUUUACCGUUGAAAAAUCAAGAUGACAGCAGCCUUCUGAAUCUAACUCCCUAUCCCCUGGUGAGAAGACGAAAGAGAAGAUUCUUUGGGCUGUGUUGUCUUGUCUCCAGCUAGGUGAUUCUCUGGGAAACUCACCACUGGGAACAGCUGAAAAACGAAAUCAGAAAACCUGAGGACCUCCAGACAGCUGAACCACGCAGUGAUUGGUUUUUCUAUGCUACCUUAUUACUUUCACCCGCCUCUCCCUGCCCUUCUCAGUGAUUUUACACUUGAAAGCACUUGCCAUCAAGUAGAGGGGAAAAGAGCAGAUUUAAAAAACAGGCUUGUUUUUUGUUGAAGAAUUUUUAAAGUUGAUAUUGUGCGUGUCUGCUUCAAACCAUGCCAUGACAGAUGCAAGACUUAUGAUUUUAAAUGAUUUAAAGAUUAUUUAAGUGUAUUUCAGUGAACAAUUAUUUCACAUAUAAUAGUAUAUCUGUAGUUCUUGGUGAUCUCAUGUUAACUAACACCUUAUCAUGUAUGAAAGAAGUCUUUAAACAUAGAAAUCUACUUAAAACUAUAAAACUGUAUUUUAAAAGAAACCCCAAUCUAUUAAUAUCAUUAGAAAUAAUAAAACUAAACUUAUACCACCUCACCUAUUGCUUUUUAUGCACUCAUCUACUUUCAGUCUUCCAUCCUGUCAGAAUCUAAACUUUCAACAUAAAAAUAUCUUCUUAAUUUAUAAUGCAACAAAAAUCACAUAUGAAAAAUGUUUUGUAAAUACACAAUAAUACUAAUAUCUUCAUAUAAAUGCUUAUGAGCAACUAACUUCUCUUUGAUCCCAUGGUGUCUUUUUCAGCUGCUUGGAGAAUGAAGUUAUCCAGUUAGGAAAUGGUGUAGUAACAUAUACAAUUACCCUCAAAUGUAAAAUUGAAUAUUAACACAUUUUGUUCUAAUUGAAAUCUGAAGCAUGGUGUCUGCACAUCAGCAUAGUGUUAACUUAUAGGGCAUGCUGGAAUUAGCUCAGAUCAUAAAAGUAUUAAUAUUUUACAUUAUUAAUAAAAAAUGUUUUAGUUACGCUAAGCUUGUCUCAUUUUAGAUGACUAUGCAGAUAUGACUUUUCCAAUGUGUACUUGGUGUCUUGUCUUAUGCUAAGAGUACCGAAAGCAGGACACAUGAAGCAAUAUGACGUUUUAGAAAGGAAGAAAUCAUGUGUUUUGUUUUCUGCUCCCCAUAGCUUUGUGGUGCUCUUUCUCCACCACACUUGUAAUUAUGGAUCAAAUUUUGGUAUAUUUCCCCAUUUUUCCUUUGACUCAUUUCCCAGACAAAAUUUCUCAUGGUUGGACAGAUCAAGUCUUUCCAUUUCUUUUCUUCUCUCUAUAGUUUGAAAAAUUAAGUUGGACGGGAGGCACCACUGUCCAGCACAACACAAGUAUGAGCUAGAAGCCUACAUGCGGUUUAUGUAAGUCUCAUCUUCAAUCCCUGCCCCACACAGGCGUUCAUAUGUACACUAAUAUCUUGACCUAAAAACUAAAUCCAUUAAUAUUUUUAGCUUAAACUAAGAUGGAAAACAUGAACAAUUGUUUUAUUAGGUUGAAUUAUAUGAAAUUGCUGGUAUUUGACUGUUUUGCUCUAUAAAAAUGGCAAUUUCAGAUAAUUCCCCCUAGUAUCUGAGAUGAAAAUAAAAGAAUUAAAAGAUUAAAAGACAUCUCACAAGGCUAUGCAGAUUCCUGCUCUGAUUACACCAGCUGUUACUUGGCCUUGUUCUUGACUUACACACUUGUGUUCCAACAAACCGGUAUUCAAUGCAUGGUUCCAAGUAUGCCUGGCUUCACAAAAGAAAGUACCCUUGACAAGCUAUAUGAGAAAAAUCACAAUUUUCUAAAUCAAAAACUUCUAAAAGAAUUGUGAUGGUAUGUUAUUGCAAGUUACCAUUCCAAGACUCACCUAGUCUGCUGACCUUGUUUUCAUAAAUUGAGCUUAAUUAAGCUUAAUGUUAUUUUCUGAACUGGGCUCACUUUGAUCCCUCAAUAUUAUUUCACUUAAGGGUCAUUGUUUUCCAGUUUAUGAAGCAGCCCAAAUUGGCAUGCUAUCAUCUCCUGUCUCUGCCUUCUCCUACCCUUUGACUAUAUUGAACCCUUAGUCUCAAUCCUGUUCCUACUAAUCCAUGCAAAGUUAUUAAUUGAUAAGCCCAUCCUUGGUAUUUAGCAAGUUCUUCAAAAUGCCUGACCUAAAUCAUUUCUUCUUGGUUAAUUUGAGCUCACUCUCGCCUUAGUCUCAGUGUGAAAGUAACACAUCUUACGUGCAAUUGUACUUGUACAACUGAAGACUGUUAAUCAAUUCAGAUCUCACCUCCAUGUCUGGGAAGGCUGUAGUAGCUAUUCAUGGAGAUGGGAAUUUGUCUAAUUACCUAGCCAGACUUUCCAUAUCUAAGAUAAUAUAUAAGCAAGCCACCUUAUCUUUUAUUCAUAGUGCCUGUUAUCCAGCCUUCGAUCAAUUUUAUAGUUCCCGUAGACAUACUCCAAGAUUUAGAGAUGGUUUUUCAGUAGCAAAUCCUAAAGUUACUACUUAAAGUUCUGAUAAUCUACAUCAGCACAUGGUUGCAGUAGGUGAUUCACCAGCCCCCAUUAGAUAUGCCAGUGCAUCCUUUAGGAGCUGCCCCUCUCUCCUCCCACCUCCCAAAGACUUUCUCAGGUAUAGUUCCAUGAGAUCAAGUUUUGUUCUCUUAGCUUCCUGCUGGUAAUUUACUUUGAGAUUAGCAAUUAACGGAGCUGAUCUCUAAGGGUAAGAAGAGAAUGGUAAACCUGUUUUCUCAUUGUAAUCCACAUGCUUGAAGCAGAAAAUGAUGCAAACUUGGCACAUACUCAUCUCAUCCCCAGUCUUUCACAGCCAAUGUUAAUUUUUUUUCCAAAUAACAAAGGCAAUACCUAUUCUUUGUGAUAAAUCUGAAAAAUAUUACCAUUUAGCAAAAGUUGAAAUCACCUGAAUUCCACCACAGUUACAUUGUUUAAAACUACAUUUUGAGCUUUGAAUCAGUAAGGGACUAGGCCCAAAGGCACUUUUUAAGUAAGACAGAUAAAAUGCUCACAAUGCUAAUAUGUCAUUUUAAACAAUAAUGUUUUGUACACAUCUAGAUGUAAACUCACUAAAAACUUGUAGUUAUGCUUUUAUUCAGAGGUGCAAGGAAAGUUUUAAAAGUAGCACAGUCUCAGUGCAUCCUUUAAUUAAUUUAAAGCUCCAGGGAGAAAUUCUAAAACUCUGUUGACCAUUAUGUUCUUCUAAGUUCCUGUGAAAACAGUUGAGAUGCUCGGUGUUUGGCAAUGCUGCCACCUACUGAAAGCUAAGCUUCGGAUUAACAGUGGGAAUAACACACCUGAGUAGAAAUGCUCCUAAUUUAUUUCAGAAAGCAAGCAAAUGGGCUGACUUAACAAUGAUCCUGUCUGGAGGAUCAGACUCUGAAAGUCUCAAAAUUGAAAUUCUCAUGCAUCCUAACUGCCUGCCCCUCCCAUCUGCGCCUAAGCAGUGUCUGUUGUUUCUUAGCAUUCUAGAAUGUCACUCAACAGGGAAUGUUCAAUUUUUAGGUAACAAUAGAUAGGAUGAGAAUAAGCAGUUGUACUACUAGCCUCAGAAUAAAUCUUUAGAAUUAAAUAUGCAGUUCAUGAUUGUCCGAAGAGCAUAAAAGAAUUGAGUAUUUUACAAGAUGACAAUUGCAAGUCUGAGAAAAGUUAGGUUAUUGUGAGAGAAAUAUUAGAACUAUACUUCAAAACUUUCAUCAAAAUGAGUUUUAGAUGAAAUAAAGAUUUAAAUGUUAAACCAAAUAAAUAAUCAUACAAAAGACCUAGCAAGCAAUAUGAAUCAAUGCUUAGUGUUAGUGUUAGGGAAAAAAGCCUUUCAAUCACAAUACUAAAGGAGAGAACAAUAAAGAUAAGAUGGAUGGGUUGAACUGAUUAGCAAUGCGAAACUCCUACAGAGUAAAAAAUAAACCAAAUUAAGAAAUCAUAAUAUGUGUAGGAGAUAGAACAAAAGUCUGGGUCUCUAAUAUGUAUCAAAAACUUAAAAAUCACUACUUUGAGAAAGUUUCCAUGAUCUGCAGUCCCUGUGCUUUUUGCAUUAUUUCUUGUUUGCUCAUCCCAUUGAACAGGAAGUACAAAUAGCAACAAACAUUAUCUAUUUUGUUUAUUGUUGUUUCUUCAAAUCCUGAUACAGAGCUAGACACAUGGCAAACGCUGAAAACAUAUUCACUGAAUUAGUGAAAAAUGAAUGAAUAACAUAAAUUAUAUUUUACGACUCACAAAAACUCAAACUUUCUAGUAGAAAAUGAAAUUAUGACCAUAAAGUGAUAGCGUACCACAACCUAAUAUAAUUCACUUGUAAUAAUUAUGAAAACAUUUGAAUGUAUAUCUAAUAAAAAUACAUACUAAUAAACUCCUUUUUGAAACUCAAAAAGUCAGAGAAUUAACUUUAAUGAAGAAUUAAAGUUUCCAGGGACAACAGGAAAAGAUGGAAAUGAAUGUUCUCUUAUACUCCACAGGAGUGUCAGUUGAUUCAACCUUUCUGAAAAAUGUUUUGGUACUAUAGUUUUUCUGCAUGCCAAAUAAUGCCACGUUAAGCAAAUUCUUCUUUUAGAAGUUCCAGGGGAAAAAAUGAGCUAAGAUGCCUUUAUUCAUCAUUCACAAAAGUAUGUAAGAAGGAAUGUUUAUAGCAGUAUUAUUUGAGAAGUAGAAAAAUAUAAAUAAACAUACAUUGUGUGCUUAGUUAAAUAUGGUACAUAUUUUCAAUGGAAUACUGACACCCAACUGAGGAUAAAUGUCUUGUGUAUUUAAUAAAAUGCACAAACUAUUGUGAAAUUAAAGAAAGUUGCAGAAUAAUAUUAGCGUAUAAUCCCUUUUAAAAAACAUGUGUAUUUAUAUAUGUGUGUGUACAUAAUGGGGUCUGAAAGGAUAAUUGCCAAAGGUAUAACAGCAUUUAUCUCUGGGAGGUGAGAUUUGGAGCAAUUUUUUUUGCAUAUCUGUAAUUUCUAGUUUUUCCACAAUGAGCAUGUAAUAUCUGUAUAAUUUUUUCAGGGAAUAAACAAUGAUGUUCACAAUAUACAUUAAAUGAAAAAUACGUUAUAAAAUAGUAUAUAUAUAGUAUGAUACAAUAUUUGUAAAAAAAGAAAAUUAUAUAUAAAUAUACCUACAUAUGUAUAUAUAAAUAUGCGUAAGAAAGCUAGAAGGACAUACACUACAAUGCCAAUAGCAGUUAUCUCUGGGUAGUGGGUUUAUGGGUGAUUUUUUUUCUUUUUUCUUCUCUGUGUUUUCUAAUUUUUCUACAAUAAACAUGUAUUACUUGUGUAAUAAAAACUAAUAAUAAAAGUUUUAAAAAUAUGUAAAAGUCAGAAA